GCUGCUGCUGAGGUGGUGUGUUGUUGCUCGCCGCUUCGCCUUCGCUCCCGCGCUUCCUCCUCAGUUGCCAUCGACAGCUCCGCCUCCAAGCAAGCUGCUGCUCUCGCCGUCGCACCUGACAACAGGAUCCUCCAUCUUCAAAACUUUCAAGUGUACUGAAGGCACAGGGUGACACCGGUAUCGGAGGGCAGUCUCCAGGGACCUUUUUUGGUGUCAAUCAUGCCUUACUUCUCAUUGAUCAACCACUCGUCCUCGGAUGAAGACGAUGAUAGCAGUGAUAGUGGGCAGGGCAUGGACUGCCUCCCCGAGCGCAAGCUGCCCCAGCUGAGGCUCGGCUCCGAGUUGUCCUCCAGCGACUUCAGCAGCAGCUCGUCCGGCCUCGGAGGACAAUCUUUUGUGAAACCAACGAAUUAUGUCUCUAGUGGUAGUAGCAAUGUUCCCCAGUCUGCUUCCACUAUUGAGGCUGUUAUUGAAUCUGUUAUUACUCAGGGACCCUUAUUUGCAGGAAUGAAACUUGCAACUGAUUCUUCUAAUGAUAGCCCUACCAAAUGCAGCGAACCUGCAACAGGUGAAAGUGGACUUGCGAAAGUAGCAGGGGGCACUGCAGUACCCUGGGAUUCUCUUCUGUUGGGAGGCACCAUAGAGACAAGUUGUCCGGAGAUAUUGACAUAUGUUGAAAGUGACACAUAUUAUGAAGAUUGCAAGCUUGCCGGUGAUGUGGCUUUGAAUUUGCUUGCGAACUAUCAAAUGCCAGUUUUUAACAGUCUAAGGAACUGCAAUCAGAACCAAGUGACUUCUGCUCUGAAAUCUUUGAAGAAGCCACGUUCUGGCAAGAAAAUAUUCAGCCCCAAGGAAGAGUUGCUAGCAUACACAAUUAUGCUUGACUAUUUGACUUGCUGUUGUCAAGAAGGGAAUCUCUUUCCCCUUUACGAAAAAGCCAAGGAUUAUCGAAAGAGAAACCAUAUUGACAAGGUUGAUGAAGACUUGGGUUUCUUAGUGGACAAGCUCAAGAGCAAAAUUAUCAACCUGAAACAGCUUCAUUCUUUGGAACAAAUUGUUCUUUCAUCGCUGGACCGAAUCCCCAGUAGUUUGAAAAUGAGCUCCUCCUCUGUUAAGCUUGCUUUGCAAAGGAAAAUAAAAUCAUUUGAAGAGGAUGAAAAAAAUAGACUUGACAAGUCAGAAUACACCUUUGAUGCUGAGAGCCCUGAGCCACCCUCAAAGAAAUGGAAACCAUCUGUUCUAAUUUCUUCAAAGCCUAAAGGAAAUGUUGUAGCAACAUCUAAGAACUGGAGGGAGCAAACAAUUUCUCCUACUUUCUUGCCUGAGGCAUUCCAAUAUGAAGAUUCUGAUGAUGCUCAUUCCACUGACACUCCGGUGAAGACCUCUACCCCUAAAAAAGAAAAUGAAUUCGCACCACCAACUACCAUUUCUGCCAGUGACAGCAGUGUUGGUCUCAUGCAGAAAAAUAUUCUGACUUCUCCAUACAAAAGUAAGAAGUCAACUUGGAACUCUUCUAAGUAUGUGUCCCCUUCAAAACAACCAUUGUCUAAAAUUAUUCAGGUGAAUAAGAAAGUUUUGGACCCAAGAGGAGACAACAUGGACAAUAUAUCACGCAACCUGUGUCUACCCAAAGACAAGUAUGUUGCCAAGAGUAGCCAAGCAGCUGCCACAAAAUACAAAUCACCGUUAAAAGCUGCUACACAGUCCUUCGUUCGAAAGCUGCCAGGAAGAAGUCCUCUGAAAGUUGCAAGAAGGAAAGGUGAAAACGCUCGUGAAUGUGAUUGCAUUACUUGUAGACGAGUAAUGUGGCCGUACUAUUGAGUAAGAGUAUCAACUUCAAUUUCUUUUAGUUUGUUUUUAAAAUGAUAUAGUAUUUCCAGAUGUAUGGGCAUUUGUGAGUUCAAAUGCUGUAUGAGUUAGGACAAUUCCUUGUCUUCAUUGGUUGUACUUCUUUAUUUAACAUUUUAACUUUUAAUUUUCCAUGUAAUUAAUCUUUCUCCCAGCUACCUUUUAGUGUACAUGUGUCUAUUCAAUUCAUUGUUGAUUAGUAUGUCAUUGUACAUAAUCAAGUUGAUAAUUAAAAUACCAAACUACUGGAAAAGCCUCAAAA